AUGUCCCUCGCCCAAGAGGCUCAACGCGCUGACAGUGACACAGCUUUCUCGAAUAUCCCGAUCAUCGACUUGAAGGACGCCACAGAUGUAUCUCCUGCUAAACAAGUGGCUCUUGCGAAAGAGAUCCGCGAUGCGUGUGUGAACGUUGGCUUCUUUUACGUGAAAAAUCACGGUAUUCCGGAAUCGACGAUCGACACCGCCGUCGAACGUAUGAAACAGUACUUCUCGCUUCCUCAGGAGGUCAAGAUGGAGCACGAAAUAACCAAGACCCCAAACUUCAAAGGCUACUCCGCCGUCCUAAGCUCGAACAACGACCCGAAUGGCGCAGGGGACAUGCACGAGGGUUUCGAGUUCGGAUUUGAGCCGAUACAUCCUCCUGCUGCACCGGCUCUAGUCGAUGGGGCGACUACGCAGGAGAAAGGUGGCGUGAUGGCCGGUGCGAAUGCGUGGCCUAGGGAGGAGCAUGCACCGGGGUUCAGGGAGGGGGUAUUGGGGUAUUACCAUGCAGCAGUCGCACUCGGUCGUCUCCUCUUUCCGCUCUUUGCCCUUGCACUUGACCUUCCGGCUAACUUCUUUGAUGACAUGACGAAGAACUCCGCCGCUUUGAUGCGCGUAUUGCAUUAUCCGCCCCAAACGGGUCCCGUCGACGACCGAGUGCUGGGUAUCGGUGCGCACACGGACUGGGAGUGUUUCACGAUCCUUUGGCAGGAACCUAAGAUCCAAGCUCUUCAAGUUCUCAACACAGAUAAGCAAUGGAUAGACGCGCCUCCCAUCGAAGGAACGCUCGUCAUCAAUCUAGGAGAUCAGUUCGCCCGCUGGACAAAUGAUGUUUUCAAAUCGACCGUACACCGCGCCAUCAACCGGAGCGGCGUCCGUCGAUACUCCAUCCCUCUUUUCUUCGGCACAGACUACGACGUCAGGCUCGAGCCUAUUGCGAGCUGCGUGAGCGAGGAACGACCGCCGCGGUAUGAAGUCGUGACGGCGGGGGAAUAUGUGAAGUCGAGGUUGAAGGCUACGUAUGGGCACUGAGCGCAGAGCGCUGCGUCCCAUGUAUCAGGGGGACUAAGUAGACAGGCCGCGGAUAUGGUCCGGCAUUCAAUAUUCAUAGAUGAAGAUGUGUUUUAGAAGAGCGUACGGCCGUUGCUCUUUUCUGGUGUAAGAUCUCUGCUGGAUUCAUAUUGUUCUCGUAGCUGUGUACGAUACCUGUAAUCAUCUAGAGCAGGAGCUCGUUGGCGUGGGAUGGCCAUGAUCAGAUAUGUAGAUCAGUGUACGAUCAUUGGUCUCGGUGUACAUCGACGGCUACGUAUGAGGAACCAGAAAAUGGUACAAAUAGGAUACAAUCGACGAGCACAAGGAUGAAUCUAUGAAUAUAUGUAAGACGCUAACUGCAACAUUUCGACGUCUAACCGCGAGAAAGAGCCUAAUAUCAUAAGAACGAAACUCAAAUUGGAUAUAUAGAUAGAACGAAGACGUCAGAGGACCCAACUCAAGCAGGAAAAAAAGAGAAGAUGAAGACGCGAAAUAUUAUUCCUACACCCUCUCAAUUCACCCCGUCGUGGUUCACUAGUGCUCCUUAAAGCCACCCCGCUCCACAACCACCCUCUACUCCAUGGAAGGACACUUCUACCAAAACCCUAUUUCCUAUUUCCUAUUUCUUCCCGGAGUCCUUCGCCUUCUUCUUCGGUACGACAGGAACGGCAUGUGUGCCCCCGGGACCUCCGUACGCAGACGCCAAGGCCCCAAACGCCGCGGCGUAGUCUUUCUGUGGGGGUGAGGCGUGCGUUGGGUUUGAGCGGGCGUUGGUGGUGGAAGUGGAGUUGGAAGAGCGUUGGUUGUAAUUGGAUGAUUUAGUGUUCGUGGAGAGAAGAGAUACUGUAGAUGAGGCAGGGUUGGAGGACAUGACGGCUUGAUUAAUGGGUGGUCGUUACGCGGAGGAAGGUUGAACGAGAUUCCUGUGAGUGUUCGGGUUAUUGUAGGCCGGCAAGGAGAAGAUGCAAAUGAAGUGACAGCAAGAAGCUGUCAAAAGCAGACAAAAAUGUUAAAUGGCAAGAUGUGGAUGAACACGACCAAGCGUGCCAGAAUGAUUCACCUGAGUGUGUAUGAAAUAUCGAGACGUGAAGUAUGACAGGUUGCCAAUGGCGCACAGUCCAAUGACUCAGGGGG